AUGUACUCCACUUUCUCCGCCAACUUCGAUACCACGAUCGAUGCCUCCCGUGAGAGGUCAGCCACGCCCAUCACAGCUCCACGACCAAAGCGCAACCAAGUUGCUCGUGCUUGUGACUGGUGUCGUCUGAAUCGUGUUAGAUGCGAUGACAAGCAGCCAUGUCAGAACUGCUUGAAUCGAGGAGGUACCUGCAGCAACACAAAGCCACAGGAGGCCACCUCGCUCCCGGCUGCAAACCGAGAGUUACAACGACUACGAAAUAAAGUCAAGGACCUUCAGGAUCAGGUCGAGAAACUCAAAGAUAGAACGGAAAUCCAACCGACGGGAUUCGCGACGCCACCACUGUCAGAUGCUGCACACGGUUCGUUUGACUUCGGGGAGCUCACAAAUACCACGGAAGGAUGGCAAGGCGUCCAGCAGGCGGGGCAGAUUUACUACGGACCUUUGUCGUCCUCAUAUUUUGUCUCCCGAAUCACUCGCCAUCUCUCCGAAGCACUCAACGAACCACCGGAAAACACCAAAUUAGAGGCAUGCGUGGCGCGCUUUUAUGAUAGUGCUCCGACCCAGCAACCGUCUAGAUGGGUUGGAACCCCGGCCAGCCAGUUGGAUCAGAACGCGGACGGAAAUGACGAGGCCGAGGAUCUGACCCGCUCACAAGAGGAACACUUCCUCAAUCUGCUAUGGCAGUCCUUCCAUUGUGUCUAUCCCGUCCUCUCCGAACGCGAGUUCCAGGAGCAUUAUGAGUCAUUAUGGGCUAAUUCCACGCCUGGUGAAAUGUCUACGCGGAAGCCAUCCGCCUUAGUUGAUGUGUUGUUAGCAGUCUGUAUGCAGUACAGCAGCACGUUCUUCGUCAAUGGAGACAGUCAGCAGGAGGAUCCGGAUGCUGGAUGGCAGGCCAAACACGCGAAUGCAGCCAGUCGAACUUACUACCAGAGGGCCCAGAGACUUCUGCAAAGUGAGCUCGAAACUCCAACCAUUAUGCUCGUGCAAAGUCACAUUUAUUCGAUUGUCUACUUGUACAACACAUCUAUGCUAAAUACGGCGCAUAUCAACUUGGGUGCCACACUGCGAAUCGCCCACGCGCUGCGGCUGCAUAUUCGCCCACUAGACGGGACCUCGUCCGAACAGCAGGAGCUACAGCGCCGGAUUUGGUGGACGCUCUAUCGAAUUGACAGCCAGCUCUCGAUGACCCUGGGCCGGCCGCCCCUCAUUCAGCUGUCCCAUGUCAGCUGUGGACUACCCGGAGACGAUCAACAGCACGCCCGGCUAUCCGGCACAGUUCUUCUGUCGAAUCAUGAGGACAUCAGCUGGCUCAGCUUCCAUGUCCAGUGCACGAAGCUCACGUUCCUUGUUCAGGGUGUACAGACAGCAUUACAUCGGAAAUGUUCCCAGUUGCUCAAUGGGGAUAAGUCGAAGGACAUCUACGAUGACCGAGCCCUCCUCGAGAAUUUGGCCGAGUUUUUGGAGCGGGAGAUGACAACCAUUCAUAACUGGGUGCAAAAUGUGCCGCAGUCUUUAUGUAAUCCCCGGAAGGGCGCGGGAGACCCUUUCUCCACCAAUCGGGACGCAUUAAAUCUUUCCCCGUACAUCCCUCUCUGGCUGCAGCGCCAACGACUCCUACUAGAGCUCCACUAUCACCAUCUUGUGAUUUCGACACUGCGUCCCUUUAUCCGAUUCCCUCCCGUGAGCUCCUCCGUGACCCCACGAACCGACGGUCACAAUAUCACCUGUCUGAGCCACGCUAUGGCGAUCACCAGUAUCCUAAACCAAGUACUGUCUGAAACGGAUCUCCUACGCGGCUGGUCACCCAUAUUCCAGUACCAGUGGGAUGCCAUCCUGUGUACCCUAGGCUUUGUGCUCGCUAAUGCCGUGUGUCCCCCAACGCCUUCAGCCCGUAAGUCGCUGCAGACGGCGGUUCGCACACUGGACCUCGUAAGUGAUCACUUCCCGGCGGCCAGAAACGCGGCGCAGGUCGUCCGCGAUGUCAGUUGCCAGGCCGAUCGGCUCAUAGCCAACGUCCAACAAGGCCUGACCCGACGACAAACCCCCCGCCCUAGCCAAGCCUUGUCCACUAGAUCCCAGAAUUCCAGGCCGCAGUCGAGCCAGAGCUUCGCCACGCCCGGGCCACCUAACUCGCUCAAGCGUGCACUGCCACCGACUACCCUGGAGGUGUCACCCCAUCAGCCAAUGCCUAACUUUGAAGCGCGCAUGCAAUUAAUGGACAUGAUGCCUAUGGGGUCAUUACCAGAACUAUCACCUUCUUUGGUGACGACGGAGUCUAUGUCCGGUGUGAUGCCUGUGACGUCUGCUGACAUGGUCACUGGUACUGAGGCUCAGUGGCUACAUGCUAGUGCGAUGAUACUGGACUCCUGGACGACUAGCUCAUGA